GUUGAUUUAGUCUCUUCCUUUGAAGCUCCUCUAUACAUCCUACCUACCUCUCAACCUUACUUAUCUUCUACCUCUUCCCGAUCCCAUACUUCUACCAACCCUUGACACUCCCUACCUGGCUCUCUUACACCUUCACCUUCCUUCCGACAUCACAUCACGGCGAUACCUACCCAGUAUACUUCUAUCCCCAUCUCUCUCGACUAUCCAAUCCCGUCCACCUGCAACUCAGAUCGCGCCACCGCCCAAUCGCAGUUCCAUAGAUCUACCUCCUGCGGGUAUCUAUCUCCAAUUAAGAUUUGCAUGAAGUGAUUCCCUUGCAGUCCUCACAGCGUCACCACCUUCCAAAGUUCAACAUCCAAACCGGACAGGAAGCAAGAAAAAAAAAAAAAGUAAAAAAGGAAGGAAUUACCCGAGAUCAAUCUUUCGACAGGGGGCAAGAAAUGCCCAAACCCCUUUAACAAGAGGUGCUCCUUUCUUCAGUGCAUGAUAUUAUCAUCAUCAUUGCAUUCCCUCCCUUCUUGUUACAGCGGAGAAUUUGGACCGAAAGACACAUUCCUUGCGAUUCCGUGAAACCGACCUGGUAUCUUUUGAAAGAUACUUGCUCUCAUUUUUUUCUUUUUCUUUUUUUUUAUAUCUCGUUUUCGUUCCUUUUUGAUAUUCCCUAUUGACGGGUCUCUAUCUCGACGAGCUUGUCUGCUCGAACCUCAACAGAACUCCAACCCAAUUCAUUCACUCACAGACUCCGACAAGAUGUUUAAGGGUCCGUCAUGUUUACAAGGCCGCCGGCAUAGUGAUGGACGUGCUGAUUGGCCCGCGUUCCCUCUACGCCAACUUUUCGUUCUCGCACUAUGCCGAAUCUGCGAGCCAAUCGCAUUCAUGUCUAUCUUCCCCUACGUUUAUCACAUGGUCGAAUCCUUCCACGUGACGGACAAUGACCGGAAGAUUGCCCUCUACGCUGGAAUGAUCACCUCGUCCUUCACGUUUGCCGAGUUCUCUGCCAGCAUGUUCUGGGGCCGGAUGAGCGACAAGAUUGGCAGGAAGCCUGUCCUGGUCAUGGGGCUGAUUGGAACCGCCAUCAGCAUGAUUGUCUUUGGAUUUGCUCCCAACCUGCCAGUCGCCAUGAUUGCCCGAGCCCUCGGAGGUCUCCUGAAUGGGAACAUUGGCGUCCUGCAGACUACGGUGGCGGAGAUCGUGACCGUCAAGGAGCACCAACCCCGGGCCUAUUCGAUUAUGCCAUUUGUCUGGUGCUUGGGCUCUAUCGUUGGUCCGGCGAUGGGCGGUGCGUUGGCAAAACCCUGCGACAGCUAUCCCUGGCUCUUCCAACGCGGCACUAUCUUCGACAGCUUCCCCUUCCUGCUGCCCAACCUCGUCUGCGUUGUCGUCCUGGUACUAGGCAUCGUUGUCGGUUUCCUCUUCCUGGAGGAAACCCAUCCGGAGAAGAAACACCGCCGCGACCCUGGCUUGGAAUUCGGCCAUUGGCUGGUCGGAAAAUUCAGCGCCUCUCGUGCGCAGGUGGCCGAGGUCACCGACGCCAAAGCCCCGCCAAACGCUGUCGCUUUCUACGAGGAACCCUACGACGCUGAGGAGGUUCCGCCCCCCGCAUACAGGAGCACCGAGUCUUCCCCCCGCUUGGGCCCAACCAAGGAGGUGGACACUUUCUCCGGCGAUGACGACAUUGAAGGGCAGAAGAAAGACCAGCAGUGUGCGACGCCCAAGGCUUUUACGCGGCAGGUGAUCUUCAACAUCAUCGCCUACGGAAUUCUCGCAUACCACAGCGUCUCGUUCGAUCAGUUGAUGCCCGUCUUCCUGAGCACGCCCAAGCCGACUGAGGACACUGCUCUCCCCUUCCAGUUCACGGGCGGCCUCGGCCUUGCCACCAAAACCAUCGGAUUCAUGCUCGCGGUACAAGGCGUCUACUCGAUGAUCGCGCAACUCUGGCUGUUCCCCUUCGUCGUGCGACACUUUGGCACUCUGCGCACCUUCCGCUUCGUUCUCAUGGUCUGGCCGCCACUGUACCUGCUGGUCCCCUACCUGAUUCUGCUGCCCGAAGUCCUGCAGCCCGCCGCGGUCUACGUCGCCCUGAUCUCCAAGAUCACCCUCCAUGUCAUCGCCUUCCCCGCCACGGCCAUCCUUCUCGCCAACGCCGCCCCGUCGUCCAAAGUACUGGGUUCCAUCAACGGCGCCGCCGCCUCGACGGCCAGCCUGAGCCGUGCCCUUGGUCCAACUGUCACCGGCCUUCUCCACUCCAAGGGUCUGGAGAGCGGGUAUUCGGUGCUGGCCUGGUGGGCUUGCGGCCUGGUCUGCGUCGUCGGCGUGAUCGAAAGCUUCUGGAUGGAGGAGACGCAGCCCAAGGAAGACGCCGAGAAAAAUCCCGAGGCCAGCGACUUGCACGUCAGCAAAGUCCCUCUGCGGGGUGCCUACACAGCCGGCAAAGAAGAGGCCACUCCCGAAGAGGUGCGGCGAUUGCUCUCUUCCACGCGAACUAGCGUCGACGACUCGGAAAUCCCCAAUGUGUCUUUGACCACGGUCACCCCAAAGGUUGAAGAUGUCUGAUUUUCGAGGGUCUACUGUUUUUCUCACUUCCCCUCUUUGCCUUCUUCUUCUCAUCUCCCCUCUCCGACUCAUCUUUCUAUUUUUUUUUUUUUUU